CUACCACCCCUUUAAGGCGCGGGGUUUCCGCAGCGCUUCAGUUUGUCAAAGAUGGCGGACCUCUUGGGUUCAAUUCUGAGCUCGAUGGAGAAACCUCCGAGCGUCGGGAACCAGGAGAGCCGGCGAAAAGCCCGAGAGCAAGCUGCCCGCAUGAAGAAAAUGCAAGAGGAUGAAAAGAAAAAGAAAGCCGACUUCAGAAAAAGGAUGGAGAAGGAGGUGUCUGAAAUCAUCCAGGACAGCAACAUGCAGAAGAAGAAGUACCCUCCCAUGGGCAAGAUUGAGAGAAGCAUCAUUCACGAUGUGGCGGAGGUCGCAGGGCUGACCUCGUUUUCAUUCGGGGAGGAGGAGGAGAGUCGAUAUGUGAUGAUUUUCAAAAAGGAGUUUGCCCCAUCGGACGAGGAGCUGGAGGCGUACAGGAGGGGCGAAGCGUGGGACCCACAGAUCGCAGAGGAGAAGCGCAAGCUCAAGCAGCAGGCUCAGUUUGAGCUGGAGAGGGAGGCUCGGACAGGCCCGAAGGAGGAGGCGUGUCCGAACAGCAACUACCGGGACAAGUACAGCCACCUGAUCGGGGUCUCGGCAGCCAAGGAGGCGGCGCACACGCUGGAGGCAAACAAGGCGUACGGCUGCGUGCCCGUGGCGAACAAGCGGGACACGCGCUCCAUCGAGGAGGCCAUGAACGCCAUCCGAGCCAAGAAGAAGCAGAAGAGGAGCGAGGGCGAGUGCGCGGGUUCGAGCAGCUCCCCCUGAGAGGGGGGCAGGGGGGGCCAGAGCCCCCUCCCCUUCCGCUGCUGCUGUUUCACACUAACACAGAAAGAGAUACAAAGAUUCUUAUUUUUAUUUUAUUUUAUUUUAUUUUAAAAGGGUUUUAAAUCGACCGCGAUCACACACCGUGGACUCUCUUCACACCGGGAGGACGUUCGCUCUGAUUCGAGUCUCUUUUUAGGUCAUUAAAAUACAAACCUUGCUCAGUUUUUACAGACAGGAAAGAAGCAACCAGGGUGACUGGCGCUGCUGUAGAUAGUUUAGAAGCAGGUUGGCUCGGCUGAAUGUGUACCUCGUUAUCUUGGGGGGGAAAUGUUUUAACUUUUUUUGUUUGUUUUCAUAGUUUUAAAUACAAUUUUAAAUUAAACUUUUAAUUAUUUAAAAAAAAAAAAAAUUUCAUCUUUGAGAAAUGGGGAUCAUCUUAACAAAUGUUUCUGGGUAAUUACAAUUAUUAUUAUUUUUUUUUUAAUUGUCAUAUUUUUAUGUGCAUGAAACUGUUUUAAGUAAGUUUAGAACGAACCAACUUUAUUAUUAUUAUUAUUAUUAUUAUUAUUAUUAUUAUUAUUAUUAUUAUUAAUUUUUUUUAAAAAUGUAGUCGUUGCCAAUUAGUUUUUAUUAUUUUCUCCCCAAUUUGAAAUGCCCAAUUAUUUUUAGGCUCAGCUCACCGCUACUACCCCUGCGCUGACUCGGGAGGGGCGAAGAUGAACACACGCUGUCCUCCGAAGCGUGUGCCGUCAGCCGACCGCUUCUUUACACUCUGCAGACUCACCGUGCAGCCGCCUCAGAGCUACAGCGUCGGAGGACAACGCAGCUCUGGGCAGCUUACAGGCAAGCCCGCAGGCGCCCGGCCAGACUACAGGGGUCGCUGGUGCGCGGUGAGCCGAGGACACCCUGGCCGACCUAACCCUCCCUCCCUCUGGGCGACGCUCGGACAAUUGAGCGCCGCCCCCUGGGAGCUCCCGUCCACGGUUGGCUGUGGAAUAGCCUGGACUCGAACCGGCAACGUCCAGGCUAUAGAGCGCAUCCUGCACUCUAGCGAGUGCUUUUACUGGAUGCGCCACUCGGGAGCCCCCGUUAUUUUAAGUGAAUUACUUUCUUCUUAAAUCUUUGGGAAUGUGGUCCAGUAGUACUUCGUGUCGAUCGACGGGGAGGGAAAAUAAAUAUUUUAAGAAUUCUGAUCUUGCUGUUAAAUUGUGUUCCAUUUCAUAUUUAACUGUAUAUUCUGUAAUCCAGCACGCUGUGUGAGGAUCAAGCUGAUUUUAACCCACUCAGGGUCAGCUCGGCCUCUCUCGACUUUCUUAGAAAUAUUUUAAUUUUUCAGUACCACGCGUGCGAUCUCAUCACAGGAACGCGUUCUCAGUGUCAAUGAGGCUCAUUUGCAUGACGGUGUGGGGUAGAGGCCAUAUCCCAGAUUCAUCACAGACCCCGCGUUUAGUACCAUCGCUGUCGUACCCGACAGAAAAAUAAAACCAUUUCAGAGAGAAGGAAGGAAAGAGAGGGGAAGGAAGGAAGAGUUUUAUUUUUUAUUAAGUCAGCUGGGGCAUGCGUGAGAGAGAGAGAGAGAGAGACAGGAAGGGCACGUUUUAAGACGUUUUAGAAAUAAAUUCCUACACAGCACAGCUCACGAGACCGUUAUUCAAAGUAUCUGGUCGUUUAAAAGUGUAACAGAACACUUUCAUAUAUAUAUCUGUGUAUAUGUGUAAUAUAUAUGUAUAUCCUGAAGCCUUGACUUGCUCUGUCUGCAGUUUCUAAUAUAAAACGCUCACUGGAAGGGAAGUAAUUGACAAGCUCUUAAACCCUGAAACAUGCAGAUGAAUAAUCUUGUCUGAGCGCUAAGCAUUGGCGAUAUGUCCCAAGUUCAUAAUUCUACUUAGCUUUGGUGUAGGAACAGCCUAGACUUUACAGCUUGUAUGAAAAGCUCUACCGUUUACGUUGAUCGCAGCGUUUGUGCGACACGACGCUAUGACUUUUGAAAGAUUCAAGGGGUAAAAGGUAAACCGUGUAUGUUUUUAAAAAGUAAAAAUAAUUAAUAGGUAAUGACAGAAGGAGUUUAAAGCUGUAAUCCCCAUUUUAGGGAAUCCGGUGGCGAUUCUGACUUUGCGUUUGUUUUUUCAACAGCGCCCCUCGGUGGAAUUAUACUGUUAUGACGCACUGUGCCCUCUAAUGUGCUUGUUUUAUGGUUCGAUAUUAUAAAGCUGCUGUUGUGUGCUUGCUCUCGAUUUCUUGGUUAAGUUCUAGUCAUGUUCUUUUAGUGAUCGGUAACUAACGUGGGAAAUUGUGACACACUGUCCUGGAUAACGACCACACAGUGGGACAGUGAGACAGUUUUGUCCCUUUACUGAUUUACAUGUACGGGUGUAUCUAAUUUUGAGUUUCUUUUGGGAGGGAAAAAAAGGAUUUGGGGUAAAAUGUUCAAAAUACCUAUUUUUGGUUUUUCUCCCUACACUCACCAUGCUGCUGUGUUAUCUGUGUUUGUGUUUUAUUAUUUAAUAGCUGUGCUGAAAAUUAUAGGAACUUGACACUUUUGAGUUUUAGCCUAUUAUUAUUAUUAUGAUGAAUCUGUAAAGAUGUUAACUGGGUGUUGGAUUGCUGUAAUAAUAAAGUUCGAUCUUACAUUGUGA